AACUGGCAUUUAUUACCCCAUCAGGACAGACAGAUAUACCCCUACCCUUACCCUACGACCCAUGGUAACACACGCCUAUGGCACUUGCAACCGGCACUGCGACAAGAAGUUCGGGAACCGUGGGCACCCUCUGACCAUCCACUGAGCUGUUGUGGUGGGGGUAAAAAGGACGAAUUCCCACGCUGCAUUGGAAUUUUACGAAGGUUUUCCGAAAUGGAGGAUCAUUCCAUCAAAAACCACUGACUUGCUCGCACACGCAGGUACGACGGAAAUGGUGAGCCUCCAUGGUAAAAAAACCGGAGGUUGUACUCGGUAGUACUGCAUAGUAGAUCUUUUCUAAAGACUUGAACGUUUGGUGUUUGUGUUGUGUCAGUUUUUGGAUAUACCAGCCAACAUUCUUCUCCAUUUGCAUCAUCGUUUGAUACAAAAACAAGUACCUGCAAGAGAGUUCAAAGACUAUUUGGUAUAGUCUAACUGGAUUCUUGUUGGAAAAUGUCACUGACCAGCGAAGACGAAUUCGAAUGUAAGUCUCAGGAACCUCAGACCACGAUGUCAAAAGCUGAGCUGAGGAAGACCCACAAACCUAUUAUGGAGAAGAGGAGGCGAGCUAGGAUCAACCAUUGUCUAAACGAGAUCAAAAACCUAAUUCUAGAAGCAAUGAACAAGGAUCCUUCUCGUCACUCGAAACUGGAGAAAGCCGACAUCCUGGAAAUGGCUGUAAAGCACCUCCAGAACGUCCAAAGGCAACAGCUGGCUAUGGGCAUAGCAACCGACCCUACCGUUUUGAGGAAGUUCAAAAACGGCUUUAACGAAUGUGCUACAGAAAUCGACAGAUACCUUGGACAGAUGGACGGUGUGGAACCUGUGAUGAAACAAAGAGUCAACAGCCAUCUUCUAAAAUGCAUUGGGGGCAUAGAACACGUCGCCCAGCUAAAUAUUCCAGGCCUAGGGUUUCUAUCAGGAAAUGGGAUAUAUGCUGGUGUAUCUUCCGCAUCAGAAAGUAGUUCUACGGGGGACCAGAAUAAUAAUCCUAGAAUCCAGAUACCACAAGGAAUACAACUUAUCCCAAGCAGGCUACCAAGUGGUGAACUAGCAUUGCUUGUCCCGAACUCCAGUAAUCUUCCAUACUUCCCCACCGUACAAAGACCAAGUGCCUUUGCUGCUGUGAUACCUUCAACCGAAAGCAAGUCAACCAGUCCUCCAGUUAGUCCGCUUGGUAGAGAAGAACUGAAAACUCGAAACCCCUCGCCACAUGGUUUCAGACCGGUACUACCUUCAAAGAGGAAAUUUGGUGACGAUCACCAAGUGCCUCAAGUAUCUUCCACCAUGACGUUAGAACACGGAUUCAGUCAACCAUUGGAGCUGAAGACACUGAAGUUCCCGAUGCAGAAGAAGCUAGUUUCUCCAAAGAAGCAUCCAGAACCACUUGGUGUCAUCACCAAUCAGUCAGAAAGGUACCGACAAGCUCAAAUGAAAGACGACUCUGCUCAUUAUGAGGAGAAUGCUGUGAUACAAGGAAUCAAAAGAAAAUAUUCUGAGGAGCCAGGUCUUCUAUCCAUAGCUCAACCUCAGAAGAUGAUCAAGACACACAUGGUCACUCCUGUGAGUGUCAUACAAGAGACUGGUAAAGUAAUGACAGCGAAAGAAGGUUAUAAAAUUGAAGGACCUUCAUGUUCCAAAGAAGGAAGUAGUACCGAUAAUGGUGAUAUGUGGAGGCCGUGGUGAUUUCGUUGUGAUUUAUAUUUUUGGUUAUGGUACAACAAACAUGUGAUAUAAGAAAGCAAAUUCAGAAAUGUGUUAGCAAGUUUGUUCAGCAAAAUAGAGCUAAAACAAUGUGAAACUGAACUGUUAAGUAUGGCAAAUUUAACCAAUUAGUGGUAGCGUACGCAAUUAUGUCAUUAUGUCUUCCUUAGACCUCAUACUUUGCUUGAAGCUUUGUUGUGCCAUUUAUAAAUCAGUUGCCAGAAAGUGAGAGCAACACCUCUCCUGUAACACAUUUUUUUAUUCUAGACGCUUAUGACAUAUAUUAAAAAGUGAUACUGUAGUGAGCUCUACUUAGUAUGUGCAUCCAUAUUGCGAGCCUAGCGCAGUAGCGAUGACGGGCGCGAAAUAUCAAACAUUAUGAAACGCGCCUUUGCGUCCAUAGUGUAGUGACUGAGGCGGAAGCCUUGGGCGGAGGGACCCAGCGAAAAAGCGCGCGUAGUUUUCAAACGUUCCUGUUCCGCGAUUUCUGGCCACACUACGGGCCUAAUCAGCAAGCGACCUAACGCGGGGUUGCGGCGGUAACAAACCAGUUCGGUCUUGUCGCUCGGCGUAUGCAUGAGUAGAAAAUUGUAAUGGCGGAUACUGAAUUGUUUAUAAGUGCAAUUUAAACUAAACCACCUAUUUGCCAAAGUGAACAUCCGCAGCACAGAUAUUUUACUUAGGAUGUAGUCAAACGGACAUUCGAGUGUACUCAAAAAAUUUGGUAGGCUAUAAUCUCAAUACUUCAUACAAAUGAAAAAAUUCAACAGUUGUUUCUCUGUUUUUAUUCAUUUCGUGCACACCAUCUCGGAUGUUCAACACCUCACAUCUCAGGAUCUGACUGUCUAGUAAAAAUACCAAAUCGCCGUUUAUAGUUUGGGACGUCUGAUAAUACGUCCAACCAGCAGAAGAGGUCGCGUGUCUCUGUGGGCACCACACGCCGCCGCUCGCCGCGCCCGCCUUAGGUCCCAGUCACCGCCUAUUCAGUAUGGACGCAUACUUACUAUGGUCGAGUUUUGUAUCUUUUCAUAAAAACACUGCGCACUUACCAUUCCGAAGCUGGUUCUAUACUCAGCAGCUCAAAGUUAAGCUUUAAUAGUAAUGUGAAUGACUGUACGUCGUAUGUAUUUAUUAUUUUUAGUACUGUUUUGUUUUAGAUACAUUUUUAGGUAUUCAUAGAUAUACGGUGUAAAUCAUCUAAUUUUUGAGAGAAGCGAAAAAUCAUUUUACCAAUAUAUGUUUG